GUUAAUUAUUCACUUCGUGAUAGUUUAUGGUAUGAUUGAAUGAAAUGUUGACAAAACAUGACAAUAUUUAAUUCUUUUAAUCUGUUGGUGCUUUCUUAAUAUGUCUGGUAGAACGAAGAAAAGAAUUGUAGGUAAAAUAUCGUGGGGCCCCAGAAAAAGUCACCUAAAAGAGAAUGGCGCGUCCAGCAAUAAAAUGCACCCCAGCGUGUACCAUGCCCUGGUUGUCAUCUUCCUGGAAUUCUUUGCCUGGGGUCUUCUCACAGCCCCCAUGAUCGACGUUCUGAAUGAGACGUUCCCGAACCACACGUUUCUAAUGAAUGGACUGAUACAGGGGGUCAAGGGUAUGCUGUCGUUCCUCGCUGCCCCUCUGAUCGGGGCCCUGUCUGACGUGUGGGGCCGCAAACCCUUCCUCCUACUCACAGUGUCUUUCACGUGCGCCCCCAUACCCCUUAUGAAGCUAAGCCCCAUGUGGUACUUUACAAUGAUCUCACUGUCGGGCAUAUUUGCGGUGACAUUCAGUGUUGUGUUUGCCUAUGUUGCUGACAUCACGACAGAGGAGGACCGCAGUCAGGCGUACGGACUGGUGUCGGCUACGUUUGCAGCUAGUCUGGUCACCAGCCCAGCCAUAGGGGCCUAUCUGGGCCACAUGUACAGUGAUAACUUUGUUGUCUGGCUAGCCACAGCUAUAGCUGUUCUUGACAUUCUCUUCAUACUAGUAUUUAUACCUGAGUCGUUGCCUGAGAAGGUGCGACCUUCUUCAUGGGGGUCACCCAUUUCAUGGGAGAAAGUAGAUCCAUUUUCAUCUUUACGCAAGAUGAGCCAUGAUUACCUGAUCUUGUUGCUGUGUAUCACUGUGUUUUUGUCGUACCUGCCUGAGGCGGGUGAAUACUCGUGCUUCUUUGUUUAUCUGCGUUUAAUCAUGUUAUUUACUGAGGAGGAGGUUGCUGUCUUCAUAGCUGUGGUUGGUGUUCUGUCCGUCAUAGCACAGACUGUCAUAUUGGCAUUACUCAUGAAGUACCUGGGUCACAAGAAGUCCAUUGUGUUUGGGCUGCUCUUUGAGACGGUACAGCUCGCAUGCUUUGGUUUUGGAUCCCAGGACUGGAUCAUGUGGACUGGGGGGGCCGUGGCAGCCAUGUCCAGUAUUACUUACCCUGCAAUCAGCGCAUUUGUCUCUGCCCAUGCCGAGGCUGAUCAGCAAGGUGUCGCCCAGGGCGUGGUGACAGGUAUCCGAGGGCUCUGUAACGGGCUGGGACCAGCCCUGUUUGGGUUCAUCUUCUACCUCUUCCAUGUGGAUCUUAACGAGACUACAAACGUUGACACAUCCAAAGUGAAAACACUCAAUGCAUCUGCUAGCCACACACACAAGGACUCUAUUAUCCCUGGCCCACCAUUUGCGUUCGGCACGGUGCUAGUGAUCAUAGCGAUGUUGGUUGCUAUCAAUAUCCCGGACAGUCCCCACCCCAAGAAGACUGGAGUCUCCAAGGCAGCCCUUCAGCUGCACCAGUCAAUUGAACAAGGUCUCCGUAGUGACAAGGAAGAUGUACAGCCCCUGAUGGCCGUCUCAGAGGAGGAGGUGUUAUGAUCACACCCUACAACAGGGCUAGGGGUCAACCCCUGGGGUCAGCAAGGGCUUUCAUCCGCUGUUAACAGAUAUCCAUAAUAACACAUGUCACAUGUUCAGAGCUUCAAAAAUUACCUUAGGAAAAAUCUACCUUAAAUAAUUCUAAGAUAAUAUUCCAGAUUAACCAUUCUGCGUGAAAUGCUGUUAUUUCUUUUAACAAAUGGUCGAAAAUUUGCCAGAUAUUAUAGUAUAAUUUGGGUUGAAGACAACUAUGUACAAAAAAGCUAAUAUGUACAACAUACUUUUAUGAUUUCUAGACUUGGACAUAGGUUGUCUCUUAGAAGCAUAAUGAAUACAGGCUCUAUGACAAAUAGGCGUGUCAUUGUGUGAUGUUACACAGAACAUAGCUUGUGCAUGAUGUAUGACAGAGAUUGUUGCUGAUUUAUCAUCAGUUACUCUCUUUACAGCCCAAAGAUAUGUCAAAAACCACUGUGUCAUAUUAUUGUUUAGUCUUUACAUUGCGAAGUAGAGAAUAACCAAGUCAACGGAGGCAGAUUGAAGUUAAUGGUGCUUCAUUGCAUGAAUUUCUCUUUCUUGCAUAUUAAAAAGUUUGGGAAACUAGUAUUAAGAGAAAAUAACUUGCUGUGUAAAGGUCUAUUUGUACAGUUGUAUUUUCAAAUACUGUCAUGUUUAAUCUGUUCUCUGUAUUUGUUCGCUGUCUGCUAAGUUUGGGUAAAUGUAAAUAUGUGUACACAAUAAGAUGGCAACUACUUAUGCCUAACGUAAAAUGCUUUGCUGUAUACAACAAUUAUAUAUUUUGCAUUAAACAACUAAAUCUUCCAUGAUUUUUGCUAAGUGCUUGUUGUGUAAGAUAUUGUAAUAUUGUUCAAAUAACUUUAUCUUAAUACCUCCAUACAACUUAAUAGAGAAUAAUAGGUUGGUGACGUGGAUGGAGAAUGGUUAUCUGGCAAGUCGGAGGAAUUUAUCGUUGGGCCGAAAGCGAACCAGAUAAGAUCCUCUGACGAGCCAGAUAACCAUUCUCCAUCCACGUCACCAACCUAUUAUUCUAUUUAUCAUGUCACAUUUAUUUCUUUUUAUUUUAUGCUUUUUAUGUCCCCCACUAUAGUAGUGGGGGACAUAUUGUUUUUGCCCUGUCUGUUGGUCUGUACGUUGGUCUGUACGUUGGUCUGUUUGCGCCAACUUUAACAUUUUGCAAUAACUUUUGCUAUAUUGAAGAUAGCAACUUCAUAUUUGGCAUGCAUGUGUAUCUCAUGAAGCUGCACAUUUUGAGUGGUGAAAGGUCAAGGUCAAGGUCAUCCUUCAAGGUCAGAGGUCAAAUAUAUGUGGCCAAAAUCGCUCAUUUUAUGAAUACUUUUGCAAUAUUGAAGAUAGCAACUUGAUAUUAGGCAUGCAUGUGUAUCUCAUGGAGCUGCACAUUUUAAGUGGUGAAAGGUCAAGGUCAAGGUCAUCCUUCAAGGUCAGAGGUCAAAUAUAUGUGGCCCAAAUCGCUUAUUUUAUAAAUACUUUUGCAAUAUUGAAGAUAGCAACUUGAUAUUUGGCAUGCAUGUGCAUCUCAUGGAGCUGCACAUUUUGAGUGGUGAAAGGUCAAGGUCAAGGUCAUCUUUCAAGGUCAGAGGUCAAAUAUAUGUGGUCCAAAUCGCUUAUUUUAUGAAUACUUUUGCAAUAUUGAAGAUAGCAACUUGAUAUUUGGCAUGCAUGUGUAUCUCAUGGAGCUGCACAUUUUGAGUGGUGAAAGGUCAAGGUCAUCCUUCACAAGGUCAAGGUCAUCCUUCAAGGUCAAACAUCAUAUAGGGGGACAUUGUGUUUCACAAACACAUCUUGUUUUCACCGUUUAUUUACACUGUAAAAGAGUUUAAUAACUGGAGAGUUUCGCUGGAAUAAUGACGUCAUUUCGUUUAAAAAAAUGACGUCAUUUCACAGUAAAACAGAGCGACUGACGGAUAUUAGAGGUCAUGUUGUCAACUAGCCUAAUAUAUUUUGGGUUAAAUUUAAGUAAUGAUAAUUAAAUGGUGUAAAAUGUCUGUAAAAUUAUUAUAUCAAAGGGUAUUUGUUUGAUGUCAAAUGCAAUGUUUGCUUAUGUAUAUUUUUGUAAAUCUAUUAAACUGUAUAACAUGUUUAUAAUUAAUCCAUAGGUGCAAUGUGUUUAUAAAUAAUUACAUAUUUUCAGGUGUAAAUAUGUAUUUUAAAUGUUUCAUGAAAAAUGAUUUGUUUUUAAAGUCUGUUAUGUGUAUCAGAAUUGUUAAGAUAUUUGAAGUUAUAAAUAUCUGCAUUCACUUCAAGAGCUUCUGUGGAAAUGAUAGUCAGCGCUUUGUCUUGUGCUAAUUAGGAAAAGAGCUUAUUGUGUUUUUUUCUGUUUAGUAUUGUUACAGAUUAAGCGGCUAUGUCUUGUCAGUUUUUGUGAUAUUGAAUUGUAGAAUAAGUUGUUGUUUAACUUUGAAUUAUUUAACUUGAUUAUUCUAUGUUUUGAUCAUGUUAAAGUGUAACCAUAUCUCAUGUUGCAUCAUUGUCAUAUCGCUCCUGAUAUUAAUAAAUGUCAUGCAGUUGUCUUGAACUGGGUACCGUUUUUCAGUUUAUUUCAUUUGAAAAAAAGUAUUUAUUUCUCGAGGUUUUCAAAUGUAAGAAAAUAAUUUUUAGAUUGUUAAAAAAGAAAUUAUGAGACUCACUCAAGACUAUCCUAUACAUGUUUUAAAUGAUAGGUAAAACUCGGACAAUGUUGGUUGAUAUUCAUCCACAUUUAUAACAGCAUAAUUGAUGUAAACUAGAUAAGUACCAGGCAUAUUUGGUAACCACAGAAGUGUUUUCUUUGAAUAGGAUUGCUUUCUUAACCAAGGCCAGUUUUCACAAAGAUCCUUGGGAAAACCUUAGGAAAUUCGUUAAAUUCAUUAAGUCCUUAAAUCUUUGGCUGAUGUAUUUUAUAAGGUUUAUAAACAAGUAAAUAUUGCUACAUUCAUUAAUAUUUUAACCUUUUGUAAGCAGAAAUACACCAGAUUUCUUAGAGGAACUUGAUAUGAAUGUUCUCAACAACUUAACUUUAGAUUUACAUAAUAAUAUUUGUAAAUAUCGGCCUAGGUUUCCAACAAAGUUGAAAGUCCUCAUUACUAGAUAGGGGUAUGGCGGGAGAGUGUCCUCAAACAGGUGAUUUUAGGUCGAUAACUGAAGUUUACAUUGACCCAUUUAGGGAAAGUUUGAACAGUGUAACUUUCCUUACAAUACUAGUUCUUGAUAGUAUUUCAGACAAGACUGAUCAAAUAAAUAUAGAAAACAGUUUGCUCUCAAUAAUUUGAGUUAAAUGGAGAUAUUGCACUGGCAUUUUGUGUGCAGGUAGCUUUAAUGAUGACUUAAUGAUGACUUAGCCUGGGAUGGCAUUUGGGACCAGUGGCUCAAGGUUAAGAUCACUGUUUCUAAAUAGAGAAAACAAAGGAAACAGAUGUAUUCCGGAGAAUAUCAUUAGUUCGCAUGGACCAAUCUUGAUAAAACUAAGGAUAUUGCAAGCUUGCAUGAAGAACCAUCUUAAAGGUCCAUUUAGGGUCAAGGUCACUGUUUUCUAAAAUAGAUAAAACAGUUUGCGAUCAAUAACUUGAGAAAUUGACUCGAAAUUUUGUGUUCAUGUAGCUUACAAGAAGACCUAGCUUGAAAUGGCAUUUGGGUCCAGUCAGGCAAAGGUAACUGUUACUAAAACAUAGCCACUGUUACUAAAACAUAGCCACUGUUACUAAAACAUAGCCACUGUUACUAAAACAUGGCCAAAAAAGUUUCAUUAUUAUAGUUUGCAUUGACCGAUCCUGAUGAUCUAUAUCUGAUUUUUACCAUAAUGGUUAGCUUAGAAUACAAAUUAUAAGUAUGUAUCUUUAUGUAUUGAUCUUCUGCGACUUUAGGAACCCAAAGCUGUAGUAUUAUGUUUUAUGUAUAUUAUGAUUUAUUUUUAAACAAAAAAAUCAAGGUUUAGGAAGACAUACUGUUUUUGAAUGUCAUUUAAUCGUGUUCUAGAGUAUCAGUUUUUAUUACAAUAAUGUAUGUAAUGCCAUUUGUUUAAUUGCUCAUGUUAUCAUUGUAUGCGAUUAUAUUGCAUUUUAAAUAAAAUCAAAAUAUAGUGUUAA